AUGGACGGCCGGCCUAUAACGGCAGACUCAAAACAUAAUUAUCCAUCUCAACCUCUUUGGACCAGGUCAACUUCAAGUCCAGCCGUGCCAAAGCUCAGUUCUUUCUCACCGUCAAAUCGUUCCACCCCAGAUCCGUUGCUUGCGUCUCAGUAUUUGACUACCCAAGUCGAUUGGAUUCCUAUCCUAUUUCCUCAACAAUCUUCCCUCUACCAGGCUCAACUCCUUCAGUACAACAAGCUUAUUGCGCCUGGUCGAGGUGGUGGUCUCCAAACUGCCCCCUUGCCUCCUCUGUUGUCGGCUCAGAACGUCCACGUCGGGCCUAGAUCUCGCUCUUCAUCCAAGGUGUCUAACAAUAAGGAUUCUCGCGCUAGGCAAAGCUCCCAGAAUUGCCAUGCUACUAGAGGCAACCACAUCGCCAGCAAAGCCGACCGCGUGCUUAUAACAGGUAAGGACGCGCCGUCUAGGAUGCCGCCCAAGAAGUCGGAUUUGUCCCAUCAUUUUCCCUCGAGGCCGAAACCCUCUACCUCGCCUUCCAACUUGCCUCCACAUCCCAACUCUGUUCCCUCGACUCCGCAGCAACACGCGCGCAAAUUUUCAUUCGAGUCGCGAGAUCAUUCUCCCAACGCUAACCCAUCCCACUCGCCCCGAUCCGCGUAUUCCGAGGCUAGCGGCGCUGUUUCACACUUGCGCCCACUGCCUCCGCGCAUGGGUAAUUGCAAGUAUGAGACGGGACUCAAGCAUUCCCGUCGGAGAAUGCACUACAAUUUGGGGACUGAUAUGCUAGAGAGAUUGGAUUUACAGACUAUCAAGAGCAAGCUUUCUGAGGAUGACGAGCGAAAGCUCACCACAGACAUGCGCGAGCUCUAUGAUCGGUUACAGCCGACAGAAAAGGUUGAGGUUAAGCGGGGUAUGCUCGUCCAGAAGCUCGAGAGGCUUCUAAAUGAUUCCUGGCCGGGUCAUGACAUUCGCGUGCACCUCUUCGGCUCGUCAGGAAAUUUGUUGUGCUCUGACGACUCCGACGUGGAUAUAUGCAUAGUAACUCCGUGGAAAGAGCUUGAAGGCGUCUGCAUGCUCGCGGACUUGCUCUCUAAGCAUGGAAUGGAGAAGGUUGUUUGUGUGUCAUCGGCUAAAGUCCCAAUCGUCAAAAUCUGGGAUCCAGAGCUAGAGUUGGCUUGCGACAUGAAUGUGAACAAUACGUUGGCGUUGGAGAAUACCCGAAUGAUCAAGACAUAUGUCGAGAUCGACGAGAGAGUACGGCCGUUGGCUAUGAUUAUUAAGCACUGGACUAGGCGCAGAAUUGUAAACGAUGCUGCAUUUGGCGGAACCUUGAGCUCCUAUACAUGGAUCUGUAUGAUCAUUGCAUUUCUACAAUUACGGCAGCCUCCCGUUUUACCUGCAUUACAUCAACGGCCGCAUCAGAAACUUCCCAGGGCCGACGGGGAGAUUGCCUCGUUCGCAGACGAUAUUGAUAAGCUACGAGGGUUUGGAAGCAAGAACAAGUCUUCUUUAGGAGAGUUGUUGUUCCAAUUCUUUCGAUUCUAUGCACACGAGUUCGAUUACAGCACGAGUGCGCUCUCUGUACGACUGGGGAAAAUCAUCACAAAGAAGGAGAAGAGCUGGCAUAUUUCAUUAAAUAACCAACUCUGCAUCGAGGAACCCUUCAACACCACUCGCAAUCUUGGCAAUACUGCUGACGAUACGGCGUUCCGCGGUCUUCAUCUUGAACUGCGCCGCGCAUUUGACCUCAUUGCGGAAGGCAAACUCGAUGAAUGCUGUGAACAAUACGUCUACCCGAAAGAAGAGGAGAGGAUAUUUCAAAAACCACCAUCAAUAUCGCGUCCCAUUAUGGUACGAAGCGCCUCCCAACAUCAAACCCAUCGUGGGGGGCGAAAUGGAGGGUAUCGAGGUGGUAAUCGACAGAACCAGCAUCGAAACAACAACAAUAAUAAUAAUAACAACAGCAACAGUAAUAGUCGCAGAGCAUCUUCAAGUGUACCUUAUGACAACAACGGCAGUCCCAUGUUCGUUCCGGUUGGCUAUCCCAUGACUAUGGCACCUCAAGAUGCAGCCAUGUACAUGCAGCCUACAUCUGACCUGAUGGCGCAGACUCUUUCCGCCUUGACAAUGCAGGAGAACAAUCUUCGAUUCCUGCAGUAUGCGCAGUCGCAAGCCUUCGGUACCCAGCAUCUUCAGAUGAUGCAGGGCAACGCCCAGCCAACCCAGUCUUCAUCAACAGAGCGUUCUAGGACCAACUCAUUUGACACACCUCCCCUCAGCGCACCGCUUCGCCCCGAGAUGCGACCGGAGAUUUUUUACUACCCCAUACCACAACUGCCACAUGGAUACUACGCUCAGCAGGGUUAUCCUACUUAUCCAUCAUCACCGUCCACUAAUCAUGCGGCCGAUUUCCGACGAAGCUCUCAUAGAUCUACCACUGCCAACGACCCCAGCCACCCCUUGUCUGGAAGUUCUAUGAGGUCACAGUCCCAGCCGGCUGCGAGAACUGGUGCUAGCAUUCCGACUGCCCAUGGCCUGGCCAACGGAGUUUCCAGUAUUCCUGCUCAACAAGUCAAUGGAGUUCCAGUGCCCAGCUUUAUUCCGGACGAGGGGCAUGAUAAUGACCAAGAUGGAACGACAUCCACCACUCCUCGCGAGGAGGAGAGAGGCUAUAAUUAUCAUGCAGACCCAUCUAGUCCGUCCCAACGAACGAUCGCUCCAAAUAGCAACAUUCCGGCAUUUGGCGAUAUUGGAUCUCAGGCACCAACCACGAGCAGAGGGCGCUUGUCAUCGGACCAAUUUCCCCAGUCUAUACUGGACAGGAUUAAGCAGAACUCCCGCUCUCCUUCGCCAUUGGGCCACGGUAGAGCUUAUUCUGUAGGUAGAAAUCCUGCCCCUCUUGCUUCUACGCCAUCUCCUGCCACUGCUGGAGCGCAAGGUCGUGACACAACCCCUUUGGUAGUCAACGGCUCCAUGUCAAAGCUAUCAAACGGUAGCUCACCUCAUCAGCCACUGCAGAGCGAAGUUAUACCAACUCAGUACAGUGGCUAUGACAACCCACUUCACAUUUCCCAACGUGCGGAGAUGGCCAGCCCAUCCACUGAACCGAUACUCAACCACAAUUCUGUGCCUCGUAAAGCAAAUUCACCGACGUCAGAUCGGCCGGUGGUUGUUAAUGGUUCGUCGAAUAAUUCGACACCAGUAUCUAAUCAGAUAUCUGGUCCCCAUUUUCCUCAAGAUGUCAUGGCUUUGGCACCUGCAGGUAAUUAUUUCAACGGCAUGAAUAUGCCCAUGAUGCCGCCACCUGGUGUAGAAGGUGGCAUCAGUUCUGUGAUAGGUCCGCAAAAUGGAUUUCAACGACUCCCUCUUCGUUCGGCACCGAGUGCACUCAUUGCUCAACUUGACCUUGCGACUGAGAAUCGUCUACAGGCGAAUGAGUACCCCCAUCUUUCGCCAGUUUACGAAGCCAAUAGCCCUUCGCCAAACUUCACUAGAAAGUUAGAGCUACCCUUUGACCACGUCCCGCCACUGUCGAGCGCUGUCGCACAGCCUGUACCCGAAAUCAAAGGCGACUCUUUGGUCAAGGGCAAGCAGAAGCCACUAACUGAGACAUCACCGUCUAAAGCCGAUGUAUUACCACUUUCAAAUCCAAGAAUCAAUGGUUUGGUGAAAGAAAAUGGCCAUAGUCGAGCUGCCAAGAGCGAGAGUGACCACGCCAGCAGUGGGUGGCAGAAGAUGGCUCGGGGUAAGAAGAGGGGCAACGAGGCGAAAUCCCGCAGCGAAGCAUAUCCGCAGAGCGAGCAGAUGCCGAAGAAUGAUUCUGAACGAAAGGGUGGUUGA